AUGCCAGACGAUACAGCAGCGCUGGCUUUUAUGGCAGCGACUCGGCUGCAUAUAGACGCUGCGGAACCGGAACAUACAGAGCGCGUAGAGCAUGGUACUGAGGCGACCCCAGCACAGACUGAGCAUACGGUGCCCGGUGCGCAGCAACGCGCGCCGUCCAAGCCAGCCGCCGUCCCUGGCGGUAUCGGCGGGGUGAAUGAGAGGACAAAGCAAUUGGCCAGCGCAAGACUCCCGCCAGGGCUGCAAGCCAAACUAGCAGCCAAUGCGCGGCGAUCUGCGCUUCCACCCGGCGUGGAUGGCAGCGUGCUCGACCACACGCAGAAACUAGACGCGUCCAUCUUAAAAGACUCCGCCAUGCCCCGCUUCCCUAUGGAAAAAACACCAGGCACGCGUCGAGUGAUGGAGAAGCCAAACCGUGCCGGUUUGCGGCUGAGCGAUAUAAGCAUGGAUGCUCACAAUGCAGGCGCGCAGUCUACGGGCGCCGAGCGCCGCCAAGGCACGCCGCAGCUGCGUCUCGGGCGAAUCGCGCCGGAGAGCGCGCCCUUUGCCAACUUUAGCAAGAUACUUGACCCAUCCGGAAAGCUCAACUUUGAUGGGAAAGCCGUGCUGCACGCGUCCGGUGUCGAGUUCAAAAACGGCACGUCGUUCCACAUCAAAAUGGAGGAACUCGAGCUGCAGGAACAGCUUGGGUUCGGCAACUACGGCACGGUAUCAAAAGUGCGGCACACGCGCACCAAAGUAGAGAUGGCCAUGAAGGAGAUCCGCUUGGAGCUCGACGAGGCGAAGCUGAAUGCCAUCAUCAUGGAGCUCGAUAUCCUGCACCGCGCCACGGGGCCACAGAUCGUCGAGUUCUACGGCGCGUUUUUUAUGGAGAGUUGCGUAUAUUACUGCAUGGAGUACAUGGAUGUGGGCAGCUUGGACAAACUUUGCUACGGGCGCCAUUGCACUGUUCCCGAGUCUGUGCUUGCGAGGAUCGCUGCGUGCACCGUGAAAGGCCUGCGCUUCCUCAAAGACGAGCUGCAAAUCAUCCACCGCGAUGUAAAGCCAACCAACAUUUUGGUCAAUCGGCGCGGCGAAAUCAAACUGUGCGAUUUUGGCGUUUCGGGCCAGCUGGAGAAAAGCCUCGCAAAGACCAAUAUUGGGUGCCAGAGCUACAUGGCGCCGGAGCGGAUCGAGGGCGGCAGCGAGCGGCAGUCGCGUACGUAUACAACAGCGUCGGAUGUGUGGUCUCUGGGACUUUCUCUAAUUGAGAUCACCAUGGGCGUGUAUCCAUACCCACCAGAGACGUACAGCAAUGUGUUUGCACAGCUCCAAGCGAUAGUCGAAGGCGACGCGCCGCAGCUACCGUACGCCCAAGCGGAGCCACUGCGAGUUGCGCGCAGAAACGGAGCGCCGCUCGCUUUGGAGCUCGGCGAUUGCACGUACUCAGACACAGCGCGCGACUUUGUAUCGCAAUGUCUGUGCAAGGUACCAGAGGAGCGGCCCAGCUAUGCAGCGCUCAUGCGCCAUCCGUUUCUUGUCCAGGACGAGCUGCGCAUUGACGAAGUCGAUGUGUGUGCGUGGAUCACCGAGUCGCUGGAAAAGCAGAAGGCGAGGCUGGACGGGGAGCGAUAA